ACUGCAUCAUUCACACUCACAUCAACUAACAUCACUAUCGCCGCUGUCGAGAAUCGCUAUCAAUCGCUAUGACAGCGGCGGAGACAGGCGGAGACGUCAAAGCUCGCUAACGGAUUGUAAACAAACUGGACCGGCGUAUACGGAGCAUCUCGCCGUACGGAUUUCGUUCUUCCGUCGUUUAUGUACACGCAGGCAAUCAAAAUGCCGGUCCAGAAGGAUUCCAAUAUCGUGAAAAUCGCCGUUCAAAUGACCGAUCAGGUCCCGCAGCUUAUCGAGUUCAAUCAGAAGCAACCUUUGGCCGGAAUUAUUCAGGAAUUGUGCAAUGGAUGGGGUUUGUCUGAUGCAGAGUCAUACUCUUUGCAAUUUUCGGAAAACAACAAUCAAAAUUAUAUCACAGAGAAGAAUAGAAACGAGGUGAAAAAUGGUAGUAUUCUCAGAUUGGAAUUUUCACCGUCAAAAACGGCGAGCGAUAUUUUGGCUAAACUCAACAAUGGGACGGCGGAGGAGAAGGUAGCGGCUCUGCAGAAGCUGAGCACUCUCAGCAUAGACAUGACCUUUGCGUUGGAAUUUAUAAACAAGAAAGGAUUGGCAUUAAUUAUUUCACAGGUGGAAGGUGGAAAAUAUAAAGGAAACACGCUUGCGUAUUCUCUUCAGUCAUUUGUGGAAUUGAUGGAUCAUGGAAUUGUUUCAUGGGAUAUACUGGAAACGCCCUUUAUCAAUAAAGUGGCGAGCUAUGUGAAUAAUCAAUCGAUAACUCAGGACACCAGUAUAGUGGAGGCUUCUUUGAGCAUUUUAGAGAACAUAGUCUUGAAUUCAACAGGAAAAUAUGGACAAGUGGAGAAAGAAGUCACUUUUCCCAAUCUUGUAAUGCAUUUGCAGUGCAUGAAUGCUCAAAUUCAACAAAACGCGAUAGCUUUAAUAAACGCACUGUUUCUGAAGGCUGAUUUGAAUAAAAGACGAGCGGUUUCUGCUACACUACAAUCUAAACAAGUCAGGAAUGUGUUCUUGACAAAUGUCAUACAAUCAACUGGACAGGUUGGAGCGGAAAUGGCGCAUCAACUCUAUGUACUGCAGACGCUAAUGCUGAGUCUUCUGGAGCAACGAAUGAUGAUGAAGAUGGAUCCCCAGGAUCAAGACGCACACGACAAAAUUAAAGAACUUCGAAAAAUUGCUUUCGAUACGGAAGGUGCGAAUAGCGGAGACGUAACCGCUCGCAAACAGGGACUUUUUGCUAAAGAUUACAAGAAAUUGGGUUUCAAGUACGACAUCAAUCCUGCUCUUGAUUUUACCGAGACGCCACCAGGGAUGCUUGCGUUGGACUGCAUGGUAUACUUCGCGCGUAAUCACACGGAAGCUUACACGAAGGUUGUUCUCGAAAACUCGUGCAGAGCGGAUGAGCAUGAAUGUCCUUUCGGCAGAACAAGUGUAGAACUCGUUAAAUUGCUUUGCGAGGUGUUGCGCAUUGGCGAAGCUCCUAGUGAACAGGGUCAAUCUUAUCACCCAAUGUUCUUUACGCACGAUCAUCCCUUUGAAGAAUUUUACUGUGUCUGCAUAGUUCUGUUAAAUAAGACGUGGAAGGAAAUGAGAGCGACUACGGAAGACUUUGUUAAAGUCUUUUCUGUUGUACGUGAACAGAUUACUAGGGCGCUUCAGUGCAAACCUACAGGACUGGAUAAGUUUAAAAACAAGUUGCAACAGUUGCCCUAUUCGACAAUCACUAAUCUCUGGCAACAAGAGAGGACAAAUCGUGAGGAAUGGGAAAGUCAUGCGAGACCCAUUGUUGAACUCAGAGAACAGAUUACUCCUGAAAUCUUAGAGCUAAUUCAGCAGCAACGAUUAGGAUUUUUAGUGCAGGGUACCAGAUUCAUGAAAUACAGUGCCAGGGGACAACGAAUCAAAGAUAAAUUUUGGUACGUUCGAUUAUCUCCAAAUCAUAAAGUCUUCCAUUACGGAGACUGCGACGAGAAAUCAAUGCCAACGAUAGACGAACUUCCUACAAAAUUAGCGGUAGUCGAGAUUCGAGGUUUGCUAACCGGCAGGGAUUGUCCGCAUAUGAAAGAUUUGCAGAGACGAAAAACUACGCAUCAGUUGGCGUUUUCCUUGGCCUUGGACUCCGUUGAAGUAUCUAGUCUCGAUUUCGUUGCUCCCGACGAACAAGUUUUUGACUAUUGGACUGACGGCAUUAAUGCUUUACUUGGAAAUCGAAUGACUAGUAAAGAAGCUGAAAAUGACUUGGAGACUUUACUAUCUAUGGAUAUUAAAUUAAGACUUUUAGACGCUGAAGGGAUCGAUAUUCCGCAAGAUCCACCAGCGAUUCCCGAACCACCUCCAAAUUAUGAUUUUUGCUAUGAGUUAAAGUAAAAUUGUAAGUUGUGUCCAUCUAUUAUAUGUAUUAAUUUUUUAUAGGCAUAUUAAGUCAUUGAUCUUUAUUCGUAAAUAUUAAUUUUUAUAUUUGUUUUUAAUUUUUCUCAUAUUUUUAUGAUAUAGAUUGAGAUUAUUCUCUCUGGAUCGUAAUUUUUUAUUACAUAUUUUAAUGAUGUAGAGAACAGCAGUAUAUUUAACCAAAGAAACAUUUUAAAUUUUAUAUAUGUACGCAGUUUUUAUAUAUUUUUAAAGAAAUUAUUUAUCCAGAAAUCGUAUAGGUAGAAGAAAUCAUUAUAAUCAAGUUGACGAUCUUUUUACGGUAAUUUAAUUAACUUUAUAAGCAUUUGAUAAUAUAACCAUUAUGUCGUAAUAUAUUUUAUACAUUAAGAUUUUAUCUCUAUUGUGCUAUCAGUAUUUUAUAUUAAUUCCUAUGUGAGUAGACUAUAAUAUAUUUAAUAAACUGUAAAACUCAA